AUGGACGUGCAAAUGGCUGCGCGCUUUGAGCGCGUAGAAAAAGCAUUGGCAACUCUCAUCGAUUCGGUGUCCCGCUACAAUCCAACGAUUUCGCAAGGGAAUGAGCUGGUCGCAGCUGAUCAAGAACUCGGCAAGGGCCUCGAGGAGCUCAAGGUCCACCAGCAAAAUUACGAAAGAAUACAACGAUUACGAAGUGUUACCAAUGGCCUUGACAGUCAGAUCAAGGAUACUCUGACACAACUUGCUCAGGCUCGUAAGGAGCUGGGUAACACCCCCGCCACCUCUUUCCCGAGCGGUCCCAACUAUCCGAUCAAGUACGAUGAGCUCCUCGCCUAUGCCAGACGGAUUUCCAAGACAACAAUGCCCAAUGCGAAUGUGCUCGCCGCUGCGCAAGCCAACGCCAUCGAGUCGGCAGCAAAACCAGACAGUGGCGCCGAGACACCAAACGUGCCGACUCCGGUGGCAGGCACCCCUAAUGGUGUAGGAACACCGGCUCAGGUCAAUGGCGCUGCUUCUACGCCUGCUAUGAGCGGGGACCCGGCGAGCCAACAGACCAAUGCCACAUUGCCUGAAGGGCUCCAGGCGCACCUUAACCCUCUUGCCAACAUCGACUUUCUUCCCUGGCCAAGCGAGGAUCUCCUUCGUCAAGGCGCUCUUGCCAACAUCCAAUUCCUCCAAGAUCAAGGCAUCAACCCACAAGGAUAUGACCCGGCCGCUGAAGAGGCACGGAAGAAACGUGAAGAAGAGGAAGCCAAGGAGAGGGAAGAACAAGAGAGGCUGCAACGGGAAGAGAACGAGCGCAAGUUCAGAGAGCAGCGAGAGCGUGCAAGGAUCGAGGAGGAAAAAGCCAGAGAGGAAAGUUUCAGACGCGCGAGUGUCAGCCAGGCUCAAGCUGGUGCAACCUCGGGUGCAGGCUCGAGCCCCCCGCCGCCUCCACCGCAGCAGCAAAAACAGUUCCAAUUCAUGGGAGGAGACGAUGACGACGACGACAGCGACUAG